UAAAAAAAACAUAAUAUAAUGAAGUAUAAUUGUUAAAAAAAAAAAAACAUAAAAUAUAAAUAAAAAAAUUCGCUUUAAAAUAAAGAUACAAAAAAAAUAAUUCAAUGUUUGACAUUUGUUGUUGUUGUAAUCAUUUGUGGUGUCAUUUGUAAAAUAGAAAAUAAGAAAAUCUAUUCCCCGUGGAGGGAAUUUAUAAGUUAUUAUAUUAGUUUUUGAUUUUGCUUUAAAUAUUGGAAUAUGGAUUUGGAGUCAUUGAAUUUUACGGAAUUACGAGAUGCCGAAAUAGUGGCACGCAUGCGUAAAUGUAAUUAUGAGAAAUUUAAAACCUUGGUGCGCAUGCAUUUAUCAUUUGAAUUGGAUUUAAAUACAGAUGAAUUCGAUUUACCCUGUCACGAAAUUGUUUAUGAAGAUAAGGGCAAACUAAAGAAAUGGAAUCGUUUGAGUAAGAAACAUAAACAUGGUGGUGUUAUGGCUGCCGCCUUGGCUACCGGUUCGGCUGGUUGUGCUUCUGUAGGUGUGGGCCAUAAAAGUGGCCAUAGCGGCAAUGGUAAUUGUGACAAUGGCAGUCCAAUUGAGGGCUUACAUCAGCAGAUUGAUGCGGGAUUUCUGUUUCAUUUGCAGGAAUUGAAAGAGUUUUUAAUGUUGGAAAAGAAUCUACAACAAGAAGGUAUUUUCCGCAAAACUGGUUCAGCUUCCCGACAAAACGAUUUACGUGCACAAAUUCAAAAUGACAAGCCAUUGGAACUAGAGACAGCUGGCUAUUCGGCUCAUGAUUGUGCCACAGUGUUCAAAGGUUAUUUAGCCGAUUUGCCAGAACCUCUUCUAACAGAUGCCCACUAUCCAGCUCAUUUGCAAAUAGCACCAUUAUGUCUAGGCAUUAAUCAUCACCUGGAACAGGAUAAGACCUCAACUUCCAAUAAUGCCGAACGUAUUAAAAAAGAAUUACAUGUUUUGAAUUCCAUACAAUUACUUUUACUCCUAUUGCCCGAUGAAAAUCGUCAAUUAUUACAAAACAUUAUCGAUAUGUUACAUGCUGUUGCACGCCAACAUGAAUUCAAUAAAAUGGGUCCCGAUAAUUUGGCCACACUGUUUGCACCACAUCUCAUUUGUCCUCGUAAUUUACCGCCCGAAGCUUUACACUAUUUGGCCAAGAAAAUGUCUAGUAUUAUAGCUUAUAUGAUCAUAAGAGGACAGGAUAUAUUUUCAGUACCGGCCAAAUUGGCCACCGAUAUUAGAGCCUAUUUCCUGGAACGUAAACGUAAGAAAACCAUGUCUCCCGAAAUGACUUUGGAUGAUUCCAUAUCGGAUAUAUCAACUGUAAAUACAGUGUAUACAUUUGUUGAUCGUGAGAAAACUGCAGCAGCUCAUAAUACUAAUAACACCGACACUGAGUUGGCACAGUUGUAUGCUCAUAUACAAUCGCUGCCGGAAUCCUCAAAGAAACGUAGACUGAUAAAACAGUUUAAUAAACAGAAUGGUCAAGGAACACCCUUGCAAUUACAAGCCAUGAAUCGUGUUAAAAAUUCCGAAACUUCACGUACAGCUAAAUCGCUAAGUGAUUCGAUUAAAAAACAUAUAUUCCACAAGGGUAUAAUGUCAAGGACACCAAAACGUCAAGCCAUACCAACAGUAGUAUUAGAAACUCCAAAUAACUCUAGCAUGAAGUCACAUAAACAAAGAGUUUUAUUCCAAAGUCCUAAUCCUCAACCCUUUGCCACCAAUACUUCUACCACAACAACAACUUCUGCAUUAACAUACAACUCAUCAGUAUCUUCAUCAUCAUCUGCACUAACUACAGCUAACAGUCAUACACCUUACAAUAUUAAAACGCAUCCAUUACAAAAAUCUAUAUCCUCAUCUUCAUUACUAAUGGGUCAACAAUAUGCUCUAAAUAUGAGGGCUGCUGUAAAUGAUGAACAUGAUACGGCUAUGACUCAGCAUCUUCAUCAUCAUAGUAGCAAUAGUGGUAGUAGUGAUGGUUUUGCUUGCCAAACUAAAUCUAUAUCGGCUCCUGUUAGUCGUCAAACAUCUUCGGAUUUACAGCAUCAAAUUAACACUUCUAUAAUUUCCACAACCUCAUCAUCUUCGUCAUUGGGUUUAACGGCCGGUUUGCCUCAACAUUUGGAUCCCAAUUGUUGUGUUACUCCUUUGAAAUUAAUAUCAGAAGCCGCUAAGCAAUUAAUAACAGGUGCUGGUGGUCCUGGUGUAGACAAAAAAUCAGUAGCUUGGGAUGAUGCUCAUCUGCUAGAUAUAGAGCAUAUUUCUAAUCCUUCUACACCUCUGAGACAAACACCCUCAAAUGAUUUAAAAUCUCGUUACAAGUCAGAACCAAAUCUUAGUUUAUCACACAAUAUAUGCGAUACACCGAACUCAUCAACAGCCCAUAACCAGGGAGGUUAUGAAAUGAUUACACCUAUAGCUAAACAUUUAACAGGACGUUCUCUAACGCGUAAGUUAAUGAAGGGCGUAAGCAUGGGUAACUUGAAGUUUCCAUUUAGUACCCCAGAGUCUACCAAACGUUUAGUACGCACUGUAUCCUCUACUUUGAAAAGACGUUCUAGUGAUGAUUCUCAAAUAUAUCAACAAGCCGAAGGAAGUUUUGCUGCAGCCAUUAGAAGUGGUAAUGCUCCUCUAUUACAAGAUAUGGAUGAUGAGGAUAUCGAAGAUGAUGACGAUACCUUUGAAGAUGAGGCAAGUGAUUCAGAUACUGAAGUCGAUAGCGAGAGGGAUGAGGAUAAUGAAGAACACCACAUACUUAGGGAAAAUAAUAUAAGUUUGAUGGCAGCUGCUGGUGGUAGUAACUCUUCAGAAGUGGCAAAUUGUUUUGCAGGAGGGCCGGCUGCUUAUCAGCAAUUGUUAUUGCAACAAAGUGAUCUUUAUCAUCGUAAUUUGGAUUUAGUUACCAGCACACCAUCACUACUGCUAGGGCGCAGAUCUAUGUCGCCUAUAACAAAGUCAACACAAAGAAUGCCCAAAGCUAUGCAGGAAUCCAUUAUGACACCCCGCUCCCGCAAACCUGUAAUGGUACUCACUACCACCACCAGUUCUACUGAUCAAAAUCAAACUAUAAAUCAAACUUAUUUAUCGGAAUUUCAUGAACAACCAGAACACAAUGAAGAGGAAAUUGAUCAACCAGAAGAUGAAGAGGAUGAUGUUAACGAUGAUGAGAAUUCAAUUAUGGACAGCAAUACUACUGCUCCUCCUCAGCUGGAAAUUAUUAAUGAAGAUGCUACCUCUUUGGGUGGCUAUUCGGAUAUUUUUAAACGUCAACAAUUAUUGCAAGCCAAUCAAAGUUUUGUCCAGCAACAUUCGGUUGCUUUAGGUUUAAGUUCUGACUCGGACUCUCAAACGAAUUCCCAAAGUAAUGUACCAAAGGAAAAUAAUACUACCGAUGCAGAUGCCCUAACGGAACAUUUUAAAACUUCUUUGUGUAUUUCCAGAGAAUAUCUACUAACACGUAGUGUUCUAACCGCACCCCCCGAGGAUACCUCAUUUACCAGUCAUUCGGAUGAUUUCGAUAGUUCACAUGAAAUCGAAGAAAUCGAUGAGAAUCAAUUGAGUUCCAGUUUAUUAUACUGUUUAGAUGGUAAUCGACCUGAAAUCACAAAUGAUUCGAAUACAACAACAACGGAAAAUUUCGAAGAUAAUGAAGAUGAUACCGAGGAUACCACACAUACCAAUGAAGAUAUGAAUACUCCAACAUUGGCUUUACUUAAAACAGUUACAGCCGUUAGCAGCAGUAGUUGUGGUAGUAGCAGUAGCAAUAGUAGCAGUGCCAAUAGUGGUAGCAGUAGUAGUGAUAGUAGCACUAGUGCUAGUUCUAGCAGCAAUAGCAGUAACAGUUGUAACAAUACUCAUAUACCUUUAAUAACUACAAAUCGUUUAGCCAACAAUCCCUUUGUUAUACUUAACAAUGCACGUAAACGUGCUGCUACCCAAGAUUUGGAAAAAAUCUCUUCUACUCUUUUCAACAGUCAUGCACAAUCACCCAAUCCCACAACUACUGCUCAGACUUCUUAUCAUACAAGUUUAGCAGCAAAACAAUUAAAUUCUCCCACAAGCAGCAAACCAAAGAUCAAUUGUAAUUUUCCAACAAAUUCAAAUUCUUCUUCAAACAAGGAAAAUUGUGAACAGAAUGAGAAUUAUGUGGUUAGCAAGAAACUGCUUAUAAGUGAGUAUCCUGGAGAAACUUCUUUUUAAUAUUUAUAAAAACUAAAGAUUUUUUUUAACAUUUAAAAUUUAUAAACAUUUAAACAUUUUUUUAGUUUUAUAACAACAAAUUCAUUUUAAAACCGUUGUACGGUUACGUUCUUCCCAAAAAUAACUUUCUUUAAAGAAUCUUAAGAAAUUUCAUUUUAAUUUACUUUAAAUAUUUUAGCAAUUUGUAAAAAACAAUAAAAAUUUUAAUGACAAUUAUAAUAAUUUUUAAAUGCGUUACAGUAGCGUCUCGUUUUGGGAUUAAACCAGAGUCAAAAGCUUAAAAUUUGCUACUUAAAGUUUACAGUCUAGUCCAUAGUUUAGUCUAUAGUCCAGUUUAUAGUCUAGUUUAUAGUCUAGUUUAUA